CAAUCAGUCAGUCGCACGAAACAAAAAUAUUUUGCUUCACAAAUAUAUUUUAUAUAUACACAAGUGAAAAAGUCUAUUGAACAGGAUUAUACAAAAUAAAAAUUAUUCAAGAUGUUGCGCAUACCAGGCAUGCCCCUCCUACCAGGGACCCUCUUUCGCGAAGUUAGUAAAGUGUAUUAUCCCAAAUCACAAACGUUGCUCAACUUUCGUGGUAUACCGAUGCUCAGCGAUCGGCAGCAGUCGAUGCCCGUGGAUCCCGCCGGUGUUGUAGUCGACAUUAGCUGCCCGCCAGCCAAUGCUCAUGCCUUAUAUCCCCCACGAACGGGACCACAUCUACCACCAUGGCUGGCAUAUGAUAAGAAGGUGCUUAGUUUUAAAGCCUAUUUUAAGCAGACACUGCAGGAAAAUUUCCAUGCCCCCUAUAUGGUUAGACAUGUGAAAAUCUAUUACUAUCUGGAAGAUGGCACUAUAGAUAUUCACGAGCCAAAGGUAAAAAAUUCAGGCAUUGUGCAAGGAUGUAUGCUGCAUCGUCAGCGGGUGCCGAAGCCGCCGCCAUGUGAAAACGAAUUUCUAGCGAUUACCGAUCUCAAUGUGGACACGACGGUGCAGAUCUUUGAUCGAUUCUAUCACAUCUAUGACUGCGAUCCGUUCACACGUAGUUUUCUCAAUAAACGGGGCAUUGUGGUGCCCGAUCCGGUCAUGGCAGCCGUUGAUCCUUCUGAGGCGGUUCGCAACCGUAUCCCGGCACGUGCCUGCAAUCCGCCGGAGAAGAAGCAUCCGUUUGCCCAGUUCCUCAAGUAUGAUCGCCAGGUACUCAAAUUUCAAGCCUAUUGGGACGAUCGCACUGAUAUGGGCGAUGUGCGUAAGCUGGAGGUCUGCUACUACCUGGCCGACGAUACCAUCGAGGUGAAGGAGGCUCACAUACGGAACUCGGGACGCGAUGGCCCGUCCGUAUUUCUCAAGCGCGGAAAAUUGCAACGAGAAUUUGAUGGCCUACAGCUGCCUGGCCAACAGACAGCGCAAACCCUGCUAAAUGUACUUGGAACGAAUCGAAAUGUUCGCUACUGUAUUGAUCCGCUCAAUAUUGGUAACAAGGAGAUUCUCUAUUACAAUCAGCGCGAUCUGCAGAUCGGCACCGUGCUCAACAUUUACGGCCGCUCCGUGGUUAUAACGGACAUGGAUCCCUUUACCAGGCAGUACUAUCGUGAUAACUAUGGCAUUGAGCAGUUUACACCGCUGGCAAUGCCGACGCGAUCGGAUGUGUGCCAGCCGUAUGACAAGUCCGGACGUAUGCUGCCCCCGUACAAUGGCUGGGGCACUUACGAGGACUCGGCAGGCAAUUGCAUGUCGAUUGUGAUUAAGAGACCGAAGACUGAUUUCAGGAAAUUUGUCAAAUUCGAUCGUUACGUACUUCGGUUCGGCGCAAAGAUGCUGUCAACCAUACGAGAGAACUGCGAACGGAUUUUUGUGAUCAGCUACUAUAUGAGCGAUGAUACGAUGCAAGUGCAGGAGGUGGCUGUACGGAAUUCCGGUUUCCUUGGCGGCGUCUUCAUGAAACGUACCCGAGUUCUGAUGCCCGGCCAGGAGAAGUUCACGUGCAAACAGCCCCAGUACUAUAGGCCGUGCAAUCUCUUCAUAGGUGGCACAAUGUCCAUUAAGGAUUUCCUCUUCCAUCUGGUCUCGGCAGAUGAGUUCACAUUGAUGUAUAUGGAGCAUCAUCCGGACCAGUUUACGCAUUGCAAUCUAGACCUGAUCUUGGAGAAGGUGCGCAAGUCCCUGGAGCCGCGUAUGCCACAGUUUGUCUCCAGCUGUGUGACCGACUGUCAAGAUUUGGAAAAGAAACUGGAGAAGCGCACAGUGUUCAUCUCGUUUGAAAGUCUCAAGGGCGCCCUGAUUGCUCUGAUGGGCAAUCAAAUCAGCGAUCAUGAGAUCGUCACACUGUGUCGUCGCUUUUCUGGCGAGCAGGCGGCGCCGAACGUCUGCGAACGGGAGAAGGUUCGUGCCUCGGCCCAUUUAGAGAUCAAGCGUGCGUUAUGGAAUGGAAGAGAUGAGCUGAUGGAGCAUUUCCAUCACAUCAAUCCAACCAAUAAGCCAUUCCUGUCCGAGAGUCUGAUACGAUCGACGUUGCGUGGCUUCCGUAUGCCGUUUACGCUGGAACUGAUCGAUACGAUAUUGUCGGUGCUCAAUCGCAAUGAUUGCGAUGACAUUGAGGUUUGCGAUCUGAUGAACUUCCUCGAUGUUUCCUGCACCAAGGGCUGCGAUAUAGCGCCCAUCAACUACGCCUUCGAGCUGUGCCCCAAGCUGCCCUUCCAAAACAAAGGACGUGUCGUGGACUUUGGCUGUCUACUCAAAGCCCUCAACCUGCCGCUCAAUCUCCCCGCCACCAACACCCAGCCGACCAAAAUGAUAGGCGAUACUCGCAUUCUGCCGCCGUCGGGAGAUGAAGAAUGUUCAACAGCAAAAUAGUUAGUCAAUCACUAAUACAUAAUACCCGGUCCCAUCUGGUUCAUCGACAGACAAAGGUGGGAACAGCUACACAGAUCACCGAGACCAUUAAUACCAAAUACCCGAUCAUAAACAGACUGUUGAUACACCUACACAGAUCGUUGAUCUUCAAUACCAUGUCCCCGAUCCUCCGAUCGGGGAUCGGAAGUGAAUGAUGUUAUUGUCACCCAAUUUUCAAUUGUUGUCUAGUGUUUCUGUUUACAUCUGCCUGUUCCUCACAUAGGAUACAUCGAAAUUUCUUGUACAAUAUGCAAUCGGCUUAGCGUACAA